GCGACAGACGCUGAAGCCACGCUGCCGCCCAACACGGGGCAAUACAGGAGAUGAGGGGCUGCUGUCUAGUGAGGUGGGUUUAGAAGGAAUUCCCGAGAGAGCUCGUCAAAUAGAUAGACAGACAGACAGACGAGAGAGAAAAGCCGCCGUUUACCGUGAUGUCUAGAUGGAUGUGAAAGAGGAGACGUGCGAGGCUCACGUGAAUAUCGUGGAGAACAGGGCCGUAAAUGUCAAAGAGGAGGACUGUGAGUGGGAGCCUGUCCACCCUAAAUGGGAGAAUCUCCUCGUUAAGAGUGAGGAUUGUGAACAGGGGGCAGUGGGCUUUAAAGACGAGCCUGAAGAGGAGUCCGUCAGCAUCGAGACAAACAAACAUACAAGUGUGGAGAGCAUCGGGAAGGAAGAAGACGGCCUUCAUUUGGGGUGUCGAGAUGGAGUGGUGACCAGGUUAGUCUCUUCUCAGAGCAGACGGUGUACGUUGCAGGAGCCUUCGUUACAGUCUGACACAAACAACACAGUGGAGAUGUUAUCUGUGAGAACUCGGGAAGAUCAGCCACCAUCUACAAAUCAGUCAGGAGAAAGAGACAAACUCCACUGCUGUUCUGAAUGUGGCAAACGAUUCUAUCACAGGAGUCAUCUUCAGAACCACAUGACAGUUCACACUGGAGAGAAGCCGUAUUGCUGUUCUGAGUGUGGAAAAGAAUUCCCACGACUCGCCAGCCUUCACAGACACAUGAAAAUUCACACAGGAGAGAAGCCGUAUUCCUGUUCUGAAUGUGGGAGACAGUUUUCCCAGAAAGUCACUCUUUUGUGCCACCAAAAAGUUCAUACAGGAGAGAAGCCAUAUUGCUGUUCCGAAUGUGGGAAGCAAUUUUCACAAAAUGCCAGUCUUUUCAGCCACAAAAGAAUUCAUAUGGAAGAGAGACCGUUUUGCUGUUCUGACUGUGGCAAACUAUUUUAUGACAAGGGUACUCUUCGGAAACACACUAGAAUGCACACUGGAGAGAAGCCAUAUCACUGUUUGGAGUGUGGCAAAGGAUUCUCACGCACCAAUAGUCUUAAGUGCCACAUCAGGAUCCACACUGGAGAGAAGCCAUAUUGUUGUUCAGAAUGUGGUAAACAAUUCACGAAAAGGAGCAGCAUUUGGAGACACACCAAAAUUCACACACGAGAGAGGCUGCACUGCUGUUCUGAAUGUGGCAAAGAGUUUUUAGAAAAAAGCCAUCUUCAGAGGCACAAAGAAAUUCACGUGGGGGAGAAGCCAUUUUGCUGUUCUGAAUGUGGCAGAUCGUUUUUGAAAAUGAGCUAUCUUGAGACGCACAAGAGCAUUCACACAGGAGAAAAUCCUUAUUGCUGUUCUGAGUGUGGCAAACGAUUUUCACGUAUGCAUAGCCUUAAGAGGCACAGUAUGAUUCACACGGGAGAAAGAAGAAAGAGCGGAGAGAAGGAAAAAUGAAGACCCACCCUGUGCAGGGAGUUGGUACUUAUUAAAAGUCUACAUGGAAAGAGGAAGAGCACCUAAAGUCCUAGCCAGAACAUGAACGAAUCUGCAGUUUUGCUUAUUAUUGACUUUACCUUCACAAUGGCAAGCAAUAAACUCAAAACUCUAACAGAAGCACAAGCUCUGUAAAAUGAAACACAAACAAUGGUGCAAAAGAGACAAUUUAAGGAUAAUCCAAAAAGGUCCUAUAAAAUGUUAAGUGGGGACACCCUGAAAGUAACUCUUUACCAGCAGACUACUAGAAACACACACACAGGUACUCGAGAGUUAUUGUGAGAACAGUGAUGAAGAGAGCACAGGAUCCUAAUGUAGUUAAAGAUUGUAAUGGAAAUCAUCAAAGUACCAGAGCCAUCAUGGAGUGAGGGAACAGCAAAGCAAAAAUUGGAAGGCACCUAUUGCAGAUGCCGUACCAAACAUAUUAGUAAAGCACCUAUCAUCUCUGCAGCAGGAAAUGGCGGACUGUACAAAUAUUGUAAUGUAGUAACCAGAGACAGCAUCACAGUGGCUUAGUGCAGGAAGAACCUUCCUGUUCUCAAAAUCGGGACAAACCAGCAUUCUUUAAAAAUACUGCCCAAUAACUCUCCUCUCUACCGUACGUAUGCAAGUUCUUCACAACAAUUGAUGAAGAUGGAGCACAAUAACUUAAUGCCAAUAAAACUGAAAGGACUAAAAACACAUCAUGUGGAACAAAACAAAGAAAACUUCUGGUAAGCAAAGUAAUCAGAGUGCUGCACAAAAGGCAAAAACUUGAGCGUGGCCUACGUCAUUUACGUAAAAACGAGCCUUUGACAGCAAAUCUCACUCUUGGGUCCUCAAAGGUCCAGACUCUUGAGAUGAAUUUCAUGUCAACCACCAUGCACUACUGACAAACAACCGUGCAGCUUCAGUUUGACAAAUGAGGGAUCACAAUCCCAAAUAUAAAAAUUAAAAGAGGAAAACUUCAAGGGGACUCCUUCUCACCACUAUAUUGUCUUGUCUGGUGUUAAACCCAAUAAGCUCCCCCAUCAUGGAUUCUCAUCUGUACUAGUGUUGGAUUUGGACUACAAUUUUGACUUUAGUAUCAGUACCAUCUUUUGGACCUCAGGACUGGUACUGAAGCAAAUAUAGUCAAGCCAUCUGUCGGAAGAGACCUAAAACCGUGGUUCUGACUCUCUGUGGUCACUGUCCUCACAGGUGACGCAGUGGUAGUGCUGCUGCUUUGCAGUAAGGAGACUGUGGAAGAUUGUGGGUUCACUUCCUGGUUCUUCCCUGUGUGGAUAGUGCUUUGAGUACUGAGAAAAGCGCUAUAUAAAUGUAAUGAAUUAUUAUUAUUAUUACUAGAGAUACCGGGGAAUCUUUCGAAAACAGUAGGGGUAUAUGUUGAUGUUCUGGCUAAAUUGCUCACCAAGGCCUGGCUAGUCAUUCUGGCCCCCUUAUCCUCCCCUGCCUCUAACUGGCUAACUGUCUCUCGAUCUUCCACCACCUAACAGCUAAUGUGUGGGGAAUGUGUUGGUGCAGAAUGGCUGCUGUCUCAUCAUCCAGCUGGAUGCUGUACAUUAGUGGUGGUUGAAGUAGCUCUUCACUCGGUAUGUAAAAGCGAUUUGAGCAGUGAGAUGAGUGCUAUAUAAAUGUAAAGAGUUCUUCUUAUUAUUAAUUAUUACACUCCUUCCACCGCACAAAGACACCUUUCAGCUGUUACACUGCAAAUUCAUGUGUCGCAUUGCCUCGCUACAA